CACGGCGGGCCCCGCCGCCCGGCCCUGCCUCCCUCCCGUGGGAGAGGCCGGUGCGGCGCCGCCUUGCUUUUGGAGUAGGCGGAAAUCCAGCGCGGGGUUUGCGGGAAGCUGAAGGAGCCGCCGGCGACCUGCCGGCGAGGAGAUGUCCCCGGAUCCGCGCCUCAGCCCAGCCUGCAUGCUCGCCCUGGGUGGAGCGGUCGUCUUUGUCGAGCCGGGACCUGCUCUCCUUUCUCGUUCAAGCAGAAGAGGAGCUAGCGAGGAAAUAAAAACAAGCUCGAGUUAAUGUUUGAGAAGUUCGGGUGCGGGAGAGUCUGGAUUUUUGGCUUCUUGGAGAAACAGUAGAAAAUGCAAAACGAAAUAAUAAAGCCUGCUAAAUACUUCUCAGAAGUGGAGAAGAGUGUGCUGCUUGCAUUAGUUGAAAAAUACAAAUAUGUGCUUGAAUGUAAAAAAAGUGAUGCAAGAACAAUUGCUCUGAAACAACGUACCUGGCAAGCACUAGCUCAUGAAUAUAAUUCACAGCCCAGUGUAUCACUGCGAGACUUCAAACAGUUAAAGAAAUGCUGGGAAAAUAUCAAGGCACGGACAAAAAAGAUAAUGGCACAUGAAAGGCGGGAGAAGGUAAAAAGAAGUAUUAGUCCACUUAUAAAUACUCACAUCAUAGGGAAAGAGAAGAUUGCCAGCAUAAUGCCUGAGCAAAUGUACUUUUUGCAGAGCCCACCAGAAGAAGAUUCUGAAUAUCAGCCUGAUGCUUCUAGUCAAGAGUCAUUUGUUGUCUCAAAUAGAGAACUUUGUGAUGAAGAGAAAGAGCUGGUACAUUUCCCAGUGUGUGAAGGUACCUCCCAACCUGAGCCUUCGUGUUCUGAUGUCAGAAUAGCAGCAGAUAAGAACUACAGAAGUAAAGCAUCUCAGGAAAGUGCUCUGAAAAAGAUGCAUGAGGAAGAACAUCAUCAGCAAAUGUCAAUUUUGCAACUGCAGUUAAUCCAAAUGAAUGAAGUUCAUGUGGCAAAAAUACAGCAAAUAGAAAGAGAAUGUGAGAUGGCUGAAGAGGAGCACAGGAUAAAAAUGGAAGUGCUAAAUAAAAAGAAAAUGUAUUGGGAGAGAAAACUGCAGACCAUUACAAAAGAAUGGCCUGUAUCAUCCUUUAACAGACCCUUUCCUAAUUCGCCAUAGAACAUAAAGGGGGAGAGAGUCAGUCUGAUUGAGCACAUUCAUGAGUAACGCGCACUGGAAAGAGGGUUUUUUAAUGUGAAUGUACAGUGACAGGAUAGGUGCCUGGCUGAAAGUAACACACUUUGACUCUUAGUGUUUAGGGAAACUGUGGUUGAUCCACCAAGGGGAAACCUGUAUUGUUCAUUUGUAGGUAGUUCUGAUUUGUUUAACUCUCAGACGCGCACAGUGUUCUAAAAUGUGAACGUGUUUUCCCCUCUCAGAAUACCCUAACAUCCUUUUGAAAUUUAAGGUACUUUGGAUAUUCUUACAUUGGGUGUUCUUAAGAAAAUUUAACGGCUUUAAAUAUCAGGUUAUAGUGUUUAUUUUGAUUUCUAUCUCUUCCUAUCUACCAUUUCCCAAAUGAGGCAAGGGUUGGAGUUGCUCUUUGCUACUGGGACAAGACGUGAUUGGCAGGUAUUGGUUGGAUUGUUUCACUGUGGCUUAGGGGAAAAAAAAGAACUUUUGUCUAGUUAAUAUAGUUCAUAACUUACUCUUUAUAGAAGAUGUGAAAAUGAAGGAAGUAGCAAAAGGACCACUGUAGUAACUGAGCCCUUUGCUUAUGAAGAACAGUAAUGUUUUCCAGCUGGCUGGCUGAUUGCAAGAAUGAUUAUGGACUGACCUUCCAGUUGUUUGAGCCUUGACCCGUAAGAAGUUGGAAAGAAGGUGACCUCUUUCUCAAAAACCAUUGUGCUUGUCCUUUCUUUGCCAGGCUCAUCUUGUAUUCGAGUAGAAUACUGAAACAGGAGGGUCGCAUGCUGCUACCAGCACUGUGUGCUGUUCACCUGGAGUCAUUCUGAAGGGAAGAGCUUUUUAACAAUUAAAGCUCUUAAAGCGCAGUGAGCCAGCCAGUCCAUUGGCAAAGUCUCCCUCUCUCCCUAUGCAAUACUUGACAGCAUAGCAGCUAGCUUGAGUGUUUCAACCUCUCCCUAGCUAGAAGAAGAGACUAAGACUCACCCUUUUUUCCUUCACACAGGGUGGGAAGCAGUUCAAGGGAAUCAGUCCUGUCUUGGAGCACUGUUACGUUUUGUUCUGUCCCAUGUGUUGCGGUGGUGUGUUUCUUGCCUUUGAUGUCAGGGGUGAUGGACAUGAUUUGUAUGAAAGCAUUCACAUGAGGGUCUCUGCAGAGUUUGGAGGUCCAGAAUAGUAGAUGGUAGGAAAGCACAAAUAAAGAGAAUCCUUCCCCAGGCAAUCAUUUAGUCUAGUGGGGCAAGGGUUAAGAAAACAUGAAAUACAGAACUGCGCAAAGAUUCAUAAGAGCUUCUGAUGUGUGAAAAGCUGUUCUGCAGGAAGGUGUACGACCAUCAUUUGAAGCGGUGAGAAAAAUGAACAAAACCAUAAAUUGUCAUUGAAAAACCUGAGUAUCCCAUUAUUCAAUAAAGUAUUUUCGGAUCAUGA